AUGUCUGUCGCAACCAUGCUUCAACCCGCCUCGCGAGGCUCGACCUCGACCAACUCCUCCUUCGAACCCGUCAGCCGUCAAAACACCUUCUCGAGCCACGAUGGCGCGCGGUCUUUGCGCCAAAGUAAACGUGUUAGCAUGACGGCCCUGUAUGCCAGCAUGAGCGCAAAAGACAAGGAUCUGGAGAUUAGUGAUGAUCUCGCCCGAGCACAACGCACCUUAAGGGACCUGAAAGUCAAGAUCUCAAAUCAGUCAAAGAAAAACUUCGUUCUCGAGAAGGAUGUCCGGUACUUGGACUCGAGAAUUGCCCUCCUGAUCCAGAACCGCAUGGCUUUAGAAGAGCAAAAUGAGGUCGCCAGUCAUCUAGAUGACGCUGCUGAACUGCAGGAAGGCUCGUUUCCAAACGACGACAAGACGCAGAAGUACGGCAAUCUUCUUUUCAUGCUACAAUCGGAACCUCGACACAUCGCCCACCUGUGUCGCUUGGUCACCAUGGCCGAAAUAGAUUCCCUCUUGCAGACGGUGAUGUUCACCAUUUACGGAAAUCAGUACGAAAGUCGAGAGGAACAUCUGCUCUUGACCAUGUUUCAAUCAGUCCUGACACACCAGUUCGAGACGACCCCUGAAUACUCGUCCUUACUGCGGCAGAAUACGCCCGUCUCAAGAAUGAUGACGACCUACACCAGACGCGGUCCAGGCCAGAGCUUUCUGAAGGAGGUCCUUGCGGAGAAGAUCAACUCCCUGACGGAGCUAAACGAUGUGGACCUCGAAAUUAAUCCGCUGAAAGUUUAUGAGGCCAUGGUUAAACAGAUCGAACAAGAUACCGGUUCGCUACCAGAUGAUCUGCCGAGGUCUGUGACGGCCGAAUUUGCGGCCGAGAACGUGCAAGUUCAAGCGAUCAUUGCGCCCCGGCUCAAAAUGCUGACCGAGGUCGCGGAGGGGUUCCUGUCCGCGAUCAUUGAUUGUUUGGAGGACACCCCGUACGGGAUCCGCUGGAUCUGCAAACAGAUCCGGAAUCUCUCUCGUCGCAAGUAUCCCGAAGCUCAAGAUCAAUCAAUCUGCACCUUGAUUGGCGGAUUCUUCUUCUUGCGGUUCAUCAAUCCCGCCAUCGUCACACCGAAGUCAUACAUGCUGAUAGAACGAGUACCGGAUGAAAAGCCAAAACGGACGCUUACUUACAUUGCCAAGAUGCUCCAGAAUCUGGCGAACAAGCCUUCAUAUGCAAAGGAACCAUAUAUGGCCAAGUUGCAACCUUUUAUCCAGCGGAACAAGGAUCGUUGCAACAAAUUCUUGCUUGAUCUUUGCGAGGUCCAAGAUUUCUAUGAGAGCUUGGAGAUGGACAACUACGUUGCACUGUCCAAGCGUGACCUCGAGCUGCAGAUCAGCUUGAACGAGGUCUAUGCCACUCAUGCUUUGCUCGAAAAGCACAGCGCCGAGUUGGCCAAAGAUCCCUCCUCUCACCUCGGUAUCUUGCUCCAGGAACUUGGCCCGGCCCCUCCCCAACUGCCUAGGAAGGAGAACAGGGCAAUCACUCUUCCGCUCUUCAGCAAGUGGGAAGCGUCGUUCGAUGACCUCACUCAUGCGCUCGACAUCACUCAGGAAGAAAUCUUCUUCAUGGAAGCCAAGAGCACCUUUGUGCAGAUCAUGCGGACUCUGCCAUCAAGCGCGGCUGUUAUGCGGCGACCGUUACGCCUUGACCGCAUCGCAGAGGCGGCGGGGACCUUGAAGAACGACGCGGUCAUGGUGCGCAAGGGCAUCCGCUGCAUGGAGCUGCUAUCACAACUGUCUGCAAUGGGUGUGAUUGAUCCCGCAGACGACUACGCCAUCCUGCGCGACGAGGUGGAGCAAGAACUUGCCCACCUUGGUUCCAUGAAAGAGAAAGUGCUUGAAGAGACGAUCAAAUUGGAAGAUGUCUACAAGACGAUUCGGGACCACAACGCCUACUUGCUUUCUCAGCUCGAUACGUACAAGAACUACUUGCACAAUGUCCGAAGCCAGUCAGAGGGAGCAAGGAGAGGCAAGGCCGAAAAGGUUCGGGAAUUGGGCCCGUACAAGUUUACCCACGCCCAGCUGGAGAAGGACGGGGUCAUUACGAGAAGCAAUGUGCCAGAAAAUCGACGGGGCAACAUCUACUUCAUGUUCCGGAGCCCUCUUGCGGGCACCUUUGUCAUCAGCCUGCAUUACAAAGGGCGUGCUCGGGGUCUGCUUGAACUAGACCUGAAGUUGGACGAUUUGCUCGAAAUGCAAAAGGAUGGUCAGGAUGACCUCGACCUGGAGUACGUCCAAUUCGACGUUUCAAAAGUCCUCGCUCUCCUCAACAAGAGGUUUGCGAGGAAGAAGUAA